GGACAUUGACAACUGGAAUGGAUAGUAUACACCAGUGAGGUCACUUUUCUUUGUCAAUUGAGCCUAGGAAAUCCCACUUCAUUCCUGGUGGCCCCGAGCUCCCGACAUUUAUUAGCAAUCCAUUGCAAACUCGACAAUACACAACCCAACCAUGGCGUUGCGCAACCCCCAACUCCUGGCCUUCCGACCCAUCAGGCCUUCUAUUAUCGCCAACCAAUGUAUCCGACACUUCCACGGUCAGACCAGCAAACCCUCCACUGUGCCCUCCCCGACUCCAUUCGUUCCCAAUGUCGAAACCUUCCUCUCUCUUAUCGGCCGCGGGAUGUCCAAGCACGCGAGCAAGCUACCAUCCUGGGACAAGCUUUUCACCCUCAGCUCCGCCGAACUUCGAGACCUAGGCAUUGAACCCGCGCGACAGCGACGAUACCUCCUUCGGAAACGGGAGAAGUUCAGGCAGGGCAUCUACGGGCCCGGCGGUGAUCUGCAACACGUUGCCGAUAGCGCAGCACAGUUGCGCGUUGUCGAGGUCCCCGUGGACCCCAAAGCCCCUUCUCAAGCGAUCAACUCCACGAGCCCUACCAACGCCUCGGCAACUCUGACCCCGGGGAUGAGGAAGGUUAUCGUCAACCUCCCGCCUGACGCCACGAAAUAUACUCCCGAUUUGUCGACUCCUUUGCAGAAGUUCGCGCACAUGAAGAUCCACCGCGGAUCGAUGCUCAAAGGCCCGUUCUUGCAACCAAUCAAGGGUACAAACGGGACCGCAGCUCUGAUCACGGCUCAAGAGGGCAUGUGGGAGGACAAAUUAGGCCACAAGGUGGAUGGUGGUGAAAGGAGGCGUGCUGAGGUUCGGGCCAACAAGCGGAUUGAGGAAAGGCGAAAGGGAACGGCAUGAUUGUAUUCUUCUUCUAUGUGUGUCUCAGCUGCAUAGGCGGCUUGUAUAAUAUCAUUUGCAUACGCGAAAUGGCGGCUUUCGGAUCUCCAAUGAAUUCCCAUUCUCCACAGCAGGAAACAACAAUCAAAGUAUUUGUGCCAGAUCAUUAGGUUGACAUACUCUUGACUGGAGGGC